UGAAGUUUGACAUUUUGAUAUUAGGACGUGUCGAAAGUGCGACCGCCUCCAAACUUAGUUCACGCAAAAAAUACGAAAAUUAUUUACUCUUUACAUAUAAUAAAAUUCGAAAAAGUUAAAAGCGUACGCUAUCCACGUAGUAAAGCUAUUUUUGAUAAAAAUAAAUAGCAUAUUACUUAGAAUAUGGAUAUAUCACUUGCAUUUAGAAGUUCGCUUGUUAACAAAGAAAGAAUUUUAUAAACAAUCACUUUGUAUUAGAUCGUUGUGCAUGUGAGUGUGAAUUGAAACAAAUUUAAGAUAAGGAAAUAUUUCAAUUGAAUAUAUUCAAAGCAUUUAUGAGAGGAUAUUGCUUGAAAUUUUUUAAAAUGAGCGGUGUAAACAGGGAUGCUCCUAUCGGUGUCCAAUGUUUACAAAAAUUAAAUUCCUGGCUGUGUCCUCGAUUUCAAAUUAAUAAAUUACGAUGGUAUCAAGCAAGCGUCCUCAUCCUAACAUACUUCACGUAUAUGACAUAUCAUUUGACGAGGAAACCGAUAUCCGUAGUGAAGAGUGUCCUCCAUCAAAACUGCAGUGCGUUGACACCUCCGCCGGAUGUUAGACCGGGUGACGAGCAAUGGUGUAACUGGCCUCCGUUUAACACAAAUGAUGCUAACACUCUACUUGGUACCCUGGACUCGGCCUUCCUUUUCUCAUACGCUGGCGCCAUGUUUGUUUCUGGUAUGAUCGCGGAGCGAGUGGAUCUCAGAUAUUUUCUCUCACUGGGGAUGUUGGUGUCUGCGAUAUUCUGUUACUUGUUCGGUUUAGGUAGAACCCUAGAUAUACACGAUAUAUCGUUCUAUCUUAUUGUACAGGCUGGUGCCGGUAUAGCUCAAACCACAGGAUGGCCUGGAACCGUGGCCAUUGUUGGCAAAUGGUUUGGCAACGCCAAAAAGGGACUCAUUUUCGGAUUGUGGAAUUCCCAUACUUCCCUCGGAAACAUUUUGGGUACAAUAAUGGCAGCAGAAUAUGUCGAAAGUGAUUGGUCACUAUCGUUCGUGUAUCCAGCGCUAGUGAUGGGCGUUGUAGCGUUCUUAGUGUUCCUAUUUCUAGUGCCAGAACCAAGGAACGUAGGUCUUUCGACUGAUAGACAAUCUCCAAGCCGAACCUCACACAGAUCAGACGAUGAAGAUGAAGCCACGCAAGUAAUUGUCGGUGAUCAGGCGGCGAGCUUGAGACCGUCUCGACACUCAGCUAAUACAUCACCGUAUCAACAAGAUGAUCCAACAGAAGAGACAGCUCUACUAUCACGGCGGUCGACUCGCUCUCAAGGCGCUGUCUCGCUCACUCGCGCGCUGGCUAUACCCGGAGUGAUUGAAUUCUCCCUCUCGCUCUUCUUCGCGAAGCUGGUCAGCUAUACGUUCCUCUAUUGGCUGCCUUUGUACAUUAAAUCAUCGACGACGCUGACUCCGAAACAGUCGGGUGAGCUAAGCACGUCGUUCGACGUGGGCGGAGUGAUGGGCGCGGCUCUGGCGGGGCUGCUGGCGGACUGCGUGGGCGCGCCCGCGCUCGUCUGCGCCGCUUUUUACGCGCUCGCCGCGCCCGCUCUUCUGGCGUACCAGUCGUGGGGGGCCAGCUCAUACGUGCUGAACGUGGCGCUGCUGGUGGUGGCGGGCGUGCUCGUCAACGGCCCCUAUGCGCUCAUCACCACCGCUGUCAGCGCGGAACUCGGCACGCACAGUAGUCUUGCCGGCGACGCACAGGCGCUCGCAACGGUCACCGCCAUCAUCGACGGCACCGGCAGCAUUGGCGCGGCAGUGGGUCCGAUGGUGGCUGGCAUCGUGUCUGGCGGCAGUUGGUCUGCGGUGUUUUACAUGCUGAUCGCGUGUGACCUCAUGGCGCUGAUGCUGCUCGUGAGGAUAGCCAAAAUUGAAAUUGUCAAGAUAUGGCAGGAGAGAAGACUAUCUUCACCAAGAUCAGUUCGUAUUGAAUAGUAAUCAGUAUUACUAAGUGAUAGCCCAAUUUUAAAUAUGGCCUAUGGAGUGUUGAGGUAGGAAGUUUGUCAUACAGGGGAAAACUGUCAACCGAACAGAAUAUGAGCUUUCCAUACAUUACAACAUCGCUAAUGUAGCUAUAUGGUCUGAUAUUAAUAUUUUUGUGUUUUUAAAUUGAGAUUUAUAAAUUUUAUUAACCGAGUCAUUUCAUUUACACAUUAUCUAAAAUUAUUUAAUUAAAUCCGUUUUAAUCUAACGAGUAUUAACGUACCUUCAAAUUACAUGCAUCCAGCUGUGACACUUAAAUUUUCAUAUAUGUUAAGGGAGUCUUUUUUAUUAUACAUAAAUAUCGACCUUACCUCUACACUCCAAAGUUCCUCCGCUGAGAGAAUGAGUCCCUGUGGGCUGUCAAUUGAUCACGCCUCGAGUGACACUCUAAUAAUAAAGUCUACAUAACCUUGUAAUUGCGUUGGAUUAUAUAUAAUAUUGUGUUUUCUUAUUUAGUAACGAUAAUAAUUUUUAUCGUAAACUAGUUUUAGAUUCGAACACGAGUUUUGUUCAAGUGUUACGUACUGACAACGCGUAUAUAAAAUUUCAUAAUGAUCAUUUAAGAGGUUAAGUCUUGAAAACGUAACAAUCUUACUUUCUCAUUUAUAACAUUAGUAAGUUCUUCACUUUAAACUUGCAUCAAGUCGCAUCCUCCAUGAUCACAUACCUGUCGGGAACAUUUUCUUAGCGGCGGUUUAUUAAUGAUAGUAUUUUACCAUUUUUAUAUAUCAUGUCGAAAAACUAUGUGAUAUUUUAGUAAACAAAUUAAAAGAAUGAAAGUCGAUUUGACUUUAAAAUAAAGUUAAGUGUAAAUA